CGACAUUCUUCGUUUGGGUGUGACUGACAAACGUCAAACGCUGUUUACGGUUCGUUUUUUCCCCCUCGUAGCCCAUUUACGUUGUUUUUGUGCCUUUUGCGGGUUUCGGGUGUACGCGCUUUUCCACCCUGCACACAGAAUCUCAUCCCAGUUUUCCAAUCCUCCCGAUAUUUCCCCACACUGCCACCUGAUUGUAUAAUUUCCCUUGCUGUGCAAACGCCACACAAGCCAUGGACUACUCGAAGCUCUUGCCAUUGGUCGCGGUGCUGCUGAUCGGGCUCGUUGGCGAAUGUGCCGCUCACGAGUGUUACGUCUGCUCGAACCAGACCGGCAACACGGAGAAGUGUCUCAACACGGUCAAGAUCUGCCAGCAGGGCGAGGACGCCUGCCUGACGGAGAUCCGGUGGGGCAGCACGCCAUACUUUUCGCUCGGCGCCCAGAAGCAGUUUUACGUGUCGAAGCGCUGCGCCAAGAAGGAGAUCUGCCAGCGCAUCCGCACCAAGCACAUGCCGUACUGUACGCACAUCUGGUACGAGGACUGGACCUGUUCCGCCUGCUGCCUCGGCGACCGCUGCAACUACUACGUGAUCAGUGCCGCGCCCACGGCUAUGCUGUCGACCGUGCUCGCCACACUGGUGGCCCUCGGUGUGUUACUGCGAAGCGUUAUGGCUAGCUGAAAAUUGGACGUAGAGCAGUGGGAAGCACCGGUGGGAAAACAAAUCCAGCGAACAUCGGCUGCUAGCACCUUCAAUCCAUCUCUUCGUACAUUCCAUCCGCAAGUAAGCAAUCGUCAGUAUUCAGUUGCACUUUUCUAUCGAAACUAUUGCGCGUAAGAGUAAGUAAGAAGCUCGUCCUUUUCCCUCCCCAAACGAUAGACAGACGCAAACAAUCGUGCCUCUAGCGAUAGGUAAAAGUAGUUAUAGUGAUUGCAGCCGUACGUGAACCCCUACGCACGGGGCAACUAAAGUUAAUCGCCUUAAAUGGUGUAUGAAACGUAUCCGUCCAAUUAUUUUUCUAUGUAUACAAAUUCUUCUUGACCGCUCUCAGAACCAGAUAAGGUCAUCGCUGUUGAAAUAUACCAACACGUGUGACAGUAA